AUGCCAUUGCAGACUGCUGUCAGAGCCAAAACCAGCAGGGCGGAGCGCAUCAUGCUGCUGAUGCUGCUGCUGCUGCUGCACACCGAGGAGGAAGAGCAGGAGGAAGAGCAGGAGGAGGAGGAAGAGGAGGAGGAGGAGGACGGGGUGACAACGAACGCCUUCAGAGACACAACAUCUGACCCAAAACAAACAAUUCAGCUGCUGGUCAAAAACUGUUUCAUGAAGUUCCCCAAAGUGACCAGUAGGUGGCACGAUUCACUCUCACGUCGUCCUCUUUCUGCCAGCCCCCGGAGGGACCCCCGGGGGGACCGUGAGUGCCCGCGGACGGUAGCGGCUCUGGGAUGUGUCCCAGGUCUGAGCACCGCCCUCAGACCGCUGCCUGACGCAUUUCUCACAGCAAACCUCGUCUCUCCUGGAAGGACGGAUAGUUUUACGUUUACAUACGAGCAGACUGGGCAUGACGGUGCGGGCCAAGCCGAGGGUGUAGCCACAUCUGGCAGAGAGCGCUAAAGCGAGCAGGAGCCUCAGUACUCCAGACCUUCCACUGCAGCGGGGAAGAUGGGAGAGACCGAGGAGGAGAGGGACAAUGGGGGGAAGCUUUUCGAGAACUUCAUGCAGGCCUCGACCUGCAAAGGAGCCCUCCAGGCCUUCGGGGUCCUCUGCAGACGGCUGGACCUUGACCCCGCCGACCACAACACUUUCUACAGCAGCCUGAAGGCAAAGGUCACGUCGUGGAAGGCCAAGGCCCUGUGGAGCAAGCUGGACAAGAGGAUUUCUCAUAAGGAGUACAGGAAAGGCCAAGCCUGCAUAGGCACCAAGUGCCUCAUCAUCGGAGGAGGUCCCUGCGGCCUGCGGACCGCCAUCGAGCUCGCCUUGAUGGGUGCCAAAGUGGUGGUCAUAGAGAAGAGGGACUCUUUUUCGAGGAACAACGUGCUUCAUCUUUGGCCCUACACCAUCCAUGACCUGCGGGGCCUCGGGGCCAAAAAGUUUUAUGGAAAAUUCUGUGCCGGAGCCAUAAACCACAUCAGCAUCCAGCAGCUGCAGCUGAUCCUCCUGAAAGUGGCCCUGAUGGUCGCCGUGGAGUUUCACAUCAACGUGGAGUUCGUCAGGCUGCUGGAGCCGCCGCAGGAUCAGGAAAACGAAGGGGUUGGGUGGAGGGCUGCAAUCCGACCUGCUGAUCACCCUGUGGCUCAGUUUGACUUCGACGUGGUGGUGGGGGCCGACGGGCGCAGGAACACUCUGGAAGGUUUCAAAAGGAAAGAGUUCAGAGGUAAACUGGCAAUCGCCAUCACAGCUAACUUCAUCAACAGUAACACCACAGCUGAGGCCAAAGUGGAGGAGAUUAGCGGAGUGGCCUUCAUCUUCAACCAGAAGUUCUUUCUAGACCUCAAAGAGGAAACAGGUAUCGAUCUGGAGAACAUUGUGUACUACAAGGACAACACACAUUACUUUGUCAUGACUGCCAAGAAGCAAAGCCUGAUGGACAAAGGAGUUGUCAUUCAUGAUUACAUUGACACCCAGAUGCUGCUGAGCAGUGAAAAUGUUAACCAGGAAGCUCUUCUGAGCUACGCCCGGGAGGCUGCUGACUUUGGCACCAACUACCAACUUCCCAAGCUGGAGUUUGCCAUGAACCACUACGGGCAGCCAGAUGUAGCAAUGUUUGAUUUCACAAGCAUGUACGCCUCGGAGAACGCCGCUCUGGUCAGGGAGAGAUUUGGACACCAGCUGCUGGUGGCGCUGGUUGGUGACAGUCUGCUGGAGCCCUUCUGGCCGAUGGGAACAGGAUGUGCCAGAGGCUUCCUGGCAGCUUUCGACACGGCCUGGAUGGUAAAGAGCUGGGCGGAGGGUCGGACAGUCCUGGAAGUGCUUGCAGAGAGGGAGAGUAUUUACCGACUGCUACCACAAACAACCCCCGAAAACAUUGCGAAAAACUUUGAGCAGUACACCAUAGAUCCUGCAACUCGAUAUCCCAACCUUAACUGCUCCUGUGUCAGGCCGCAUCAGGUGCGCCAUCUGUACAUCAGUGGCGAGCUUCAUUCCUGCUCUCUGGAGCGGGCUGCUACCAUUCGCCGGCCUGUUAACCUCUGCAGGCGAGAAUCUGAGAUCAGACCCUCGAGGCUUCUUACCUGGUGCCAGAAACAGACAGAUGGCUACAGAUGUGUAACAAUCACAGACUUGACGUCUUCCUGGAGAAGUGGCAUGGCCCUCUGUGCCCUCAUCCACAGGUUCAAACCACAGCUGAUAGACUUUGAUUCGUUGAAUGAAGAGGAUCAUGCUGCAAACCUCCAGCUGGCUUUCGUCGUCAGCGAGCGGGAAUUUGGGAUUAAACCAUUCACGUCUGCGAACGAGAUGAGCGCUGAUGUGGAGCUGGAUAAGACCAAGAUGACCACCUACUUGUCCAAGUUCUACGAGCUCUUCCGGGGAACGCCUCUGCCUGCAUCAGAUUCCAGAAGAGUGGAUGUAAACAACGAGGAUUUACCCUCUAAAGAAGUCCGAAAUAAUAUUAAUUUGCUCAAUCUUGCACCCCAGAGGAAACGGGUGCCAAAGGAUGAUAAGAAGUCCGACAGCACAGACCCCUUCAACAAACGCAGGCGAAGGUUCUGGAAUUUGGAUGAGGGCGCCAUCCGUUCCAACCAUGGCUCUUUAGCACAAACUGAUCAGGAUCCCAAAGAGAAUAAAGUGCGUUCAAUGGCUACUCAGCUUCAGGCCAAGUUUGAAAACAAGAACAACUUCACCGUCCACAAGCCACAGGGCGGUUCAGUACGAAGGGUGUUUCUCCGGUCGGGUGACACAUGCCACUCAUGCCAGAAGCGCGUUUACCUGGUGGAGAGGGUGUGCGCCGAGGGGCUGUACUUCCACAGAGAGUGUUUCCGUUGUUCAGCCUGCGGCUGUGCUCUGCGGCAGGGGGCGCAGGCCUUCCACUCCGAGGAGGGGAAGCUGUACUGCGCGCUUCAUUUCGAUCAACGCAAAAACAAGACCAACGCGCGGAGGGCUUUCUCUCUAAACUCGGAUAAUAACGGGGUUCAGCAGCGACGAGCUGCUGACCAGCAGAGCUCCCGGUCCGGCGGCGCGGCGGCGGCCCUGCAGAGUCCGGCCGCCGCAGCUGACACCUUUUAUGAAUCGUGUGAGACAGACGGAUGGCUAGGAAAAAUGGCAUUUUAAAGAUUGGAUUCUAUAUUCGAGAUGAACUGGGAUAAAGGCAGCCAUGAGUGUGUCUCUCCCGGGGGGGGGGGGUCUUCUUUUCAUUUUGAAGCUGCCUCACAAAAAGUGCUGUCUGUUCCUCACUGAGGGAACUGAAGUUGACGUUGUUAAUGGUGCAAUUUUUUUUAAAUAUGUCUGUGCUGUCUUUAAUCAAUAGCGUUAUUGGCCCUUUAAGCAAAAUCUGAAUUGAUUUUUCUGUUACAUUUCUGCUUUUUACAAGUAAAGGUAAAUGUUGGCCGUGCCUCCCUCUCCACUCUGACUCUCAAACCCUGACAGUUUGGUAGUUGUUUACAUUUUCAAGCUGUUGAACCUGACGACAUGAUCUUGGUCCGGUCAUUAAAAUGAACUGGAGACUGCAAGGGACCGGCCGCGCUUUACAUGCAAACUGUUUUGAAACCACAACAUAGCUAAUAUUUAGCCAAUUCCACAAAUAUCAGAAAGCAGCAGGGAGAAAAUGUCUGUUCUUUCCAUCCAGAGGCUUAUGUCCACACAUUCAUCAUGGAUAUUCUCCGGAUGAUUUCCUUUCAGCAUGCAGAUGCUGAUCUCUGAAUUACCAUGUCACAUCUUGUGUUAUUGGAAUAAAAAGCAGGUUUACAAAAAAGUCAUAACAGUGUAGGUGCUCCCAGAUGCUGAAUUAAAAAAGUGUUCAGACUUCAUUGAAUCUUUGAAUUCUUAAAGUUUACACAAGAACCACAAACAGUCACUCCCAAAAAAAAAAAGAAAAGGUUAGUUCCUGUUUGUAUAUCUUCAGUAAAUUUUGUGAGUUUCUGCUUCCACAGAUAAAGAAAUUCCCAGGAUUUGAAAAAGAAAAAGAAAAUAACAAACAGGUGAAUUAGGUGAAUUAGUGUCAGACUUUAUUACCAUGAAAUCAGAGCAAUUAUUCCACUGCAGCUUCGUACCGGUGCUGGGACAGAAGGGGGUGCUGUGACUCAGCAACAGUGCUGCCUUACUGAGGGCCUGCCCGUUUUCCUGGGACCUUCCUGUUCUAUCCCAUCAUUUUUCAACAAACUGCACACAUGAUGUGUUCAUCAAUUAAUUUUUUUUUUUUAAUUUGGAGGAUUUUUAAAUUUAUGUAAAUUGAAAAGAUUUUGAGACUCCAGGCAAACCAGGCAAAAUGUAAAAUAAUGUUUUAAAUCAAUGAUUAGGAACAUGGAAGGUUUUUUUUGCAUCUCAUCCACUAUUAGGUUUUCUUCCUAUUCUAAAAUCACCUAAAUUGUACAGUACCAGAGCUUUGUUUCUUUCACUGAGACAUUUAAAUGGAGCACAUAAAGCAACUAACUUGUUACACAUAUUUCUCUUGUAGAAAGUUCCAUGUGGUACUGAACAAAGUUUAACACAAAUUGAGGAGAUUUUAAAUUUUCUUUCUCCAAAUGAUCGUAAUGCUCAAAAUGGUCUCAUACAAAAGCACCCAAAAAUCAGCUAUUUAAAAAUGUUUGAUUAUUACAAAUGUUUAUUUUAGAAGCACAAUGAAAGAAAUGAAAUAUUUUUUCCUGCACUGAGGUCACGGAGAAAUGUCUCUUAUGUCCAGUUAAUAUUUCUGGAAAGUGUUUAUAACAUCUAACAUGCCCUUUCAUAGAUUCAGUACAUCUGAUCUAUUUAAAUAGUUAGAAUAGACUGGAAUGGGCCAGAAAUUAUUUAGUGAAACACUAAUGGACACACAAGAGUCUAAAGGCAACAACUAAACCAGAUCCAGAAAUAGCCAAAUGGUUUAUUUGAUAUAAAAACAUUAAAAGAAUUGACUUUUGAAAAAAUAAGCAAAAGUGAACAUUUCAUUCAGUCCUCUCUGUCUGUUCACUGACUCCUUGUAACAUGUUCAUUUCUUUUUUUAAUUAAAUGACUUUUCUUUGAAUGCAUAAAAAGAUGAACAGAAAACAAGUCAUACAGUAGCAGUGAUUAGCUUUCAGGCAACAGAGAAAUCAGAGCCUGAAAUUGCUCUGAAAUUACGGAAGCUUUGAAAAUUGAUGAAAAAGCAGAAAAGCCAGGAAGAGAUUAAUCUAAAAAUACAACGUCAUUAUUUUUGCACUUUCAAACGAAUCAUCCUUUAAAACAGUCAAACACAAUUCUCCUUACAGGGGAGAUGCGGCCGACUGACAGUGUAAAUAAACUCUUUGAAUAUGUAUUCCUGAUGACACAGCAGGACAAACAGACGCUGUUUCAGUAUAUUCUGAAAAUAAUACCUCACACUACGACUGACUCGUGGGCCGGAGCUGCUUUUCAAACAUGGGUGGAGUGAAAACAUAGCAGAGCACCAGAGGAGAACUGAUAAACAACCUCUCACCUUUAUAUUGACAAGUGUAAGAAAAAGACAAAUGGCAGGCGUUUCAUUCCCAUCUGAUGAUCUGACGCGUCUGAGAUCCCGCUCCACACACGUGUCAAACAAUACUUGUCUUAAGCUCCUGCUUCAGAAACAAUUUUAUCUGCUAACAACCAGAGAUCAAUAUUCAGACCACUUGUUGUAAACAGGCUUCUCACACUGCACGUUCGUCCCCGUUUGAGCUGCUUAAGCUCUUGUAGAAACUACAUAGGGCCUCUUAAAACACACCAAAAGCACAUAUAAUAUGACAGAAAGCGCAAAACAGAGGAUGCAAAUGAUCUGAAGAAGUGGUGUGAUUUGGAAAUUUUACCUCUGAACCUCAUCUGUUUUCAAAUGAAUACACCUACUUUGAUUUUUUUCUUUUUUUCCACUUUAAAGCAAUACUGAAAGAUUUUGUCUCCAUGCAUGUUUUUUUAGGGGAACAUCGGUGCCAACACACCUGUUUUGUGUGAUGGAAUUAAUUGUUUCCAAAUUUUCUAAACUGUGUGAAAUAAAAUUUUGAUGAUGG